AUGGACACCGUCGAAUCGAGCGCAGACAAUACGGACAGGGAAGAGAACUUCGAAGAUGCGAACAGCUCUCGACUCGAUUCGAAGCCCGAGUCAGCCGAGCCAUCAGAAAAGAGCCCCGAUUCCGGUCAAAUCUCACAGCGGCAGAGCCAGGCUUCAACGGUGGAACCAAAGUCCAAUGGAGACGUGGACGUUAGGCAAACGUCUUCGAUGCCCGAUACUGACCCUGUCAAACGAACCUCCUCAGCUGUUGAAUCGUUGCCACCAGAGGGAGAUACCCCAACUCCAGCCACAAUACCCGAUGACCCUCCUAAGCCAUCUGUUCAGAGCAUAGCCACAUCCUUGGAAGGCAAGGAGGACAAUACCCCUAUGCCUCCACCAAAACCACAGUCUCGGCCUUCUAGAUUUGGAAACUUCUCGGCCUCUCUGCCCGCUGUACCUUGGGGCAGUGCUUCUACGGAUAGGCGUAAGUCGGAUGCUCGCGCACCAUCCCCACAACCUCCUACGCAGUCCGGAAAGCAGAAGUCUACACCCUUCGGAUGGUUCUCAAGAGCUUCGACCGCCACAACUCCAAAAGAUAGCCGCUCGCCACCACCUCCCGACAUGCGCAGGAACACUGCAGCGUCCAUAUCGACCAUUGGCAGUAAUCCCGAGCUGAGCAUGAAAGCCUUCGAAGAUGGAGAUGGGCGACCGCCAGCACGCCAAUCGCUGAAAGAGAAAUUCAAGAUGCUUCGAUUACAGGAAGAGGUCGGCAUUAGAAAUUUGGAUGAGCCCAACGAGGCCAAAGACGAGAACAAUGGCACUGUUGGACUGGGAAUCGAGACACCUACCGACGGUGAUCAGACAGCAAAGCCACCAGCAACCCCCAUGUCUCCCACGACCCCCUCUACCAACGUCAACCCUGGUCUUGCUCCUGGUACAGUGUCUGGGUUCUCGACCUCUGCUACCGAUGCGUCUGCACCUAUUGAUUGGGACUUCUGGCAGACGGUGGUCAACGAGGGCCCUCAGGCUGUCUCGAGGACGAGCCCCGAGGAGCUGGCUGCAGCCAUCGCCAGUGGCGUCCCACAGACCAUCCGUGGAGUCAUCUGGCAGGUGUUGGCGGGCAGCAAGAACGACGAUCUAGAGUCGGUCUACUUCUCACUGAAGGCCAAAGGUACAGACAGGGAUUCCAAAGAACUUCCCGUGUCUCUUAACGGCGUCAAUGGCAACGCAAAAGAGCGAUCUGUGUCGUCUUCGCGCUCAUCAACCAGGUCGGAGCGGUCCACUCCAGCAACGAGCGCAAAUGGGCCAGUUGGCUCCCCUUCACCCUCAACGGAGAUGUCUGACCCAAUCAAGGACCAGAAACUGCAGGUCCAACUUGCGGCAGAAAAGGCCAAAAAGGCGAAAGACGACGCGGCAGCGCUUGCUAAGCUUGAAAAGAUGAUCAAACGAGAUAUGGGCUCCCGGACCAGCUACUCGAAGUACACGACAGCGGCGGGGCUGCAAGACGCGCUUUUCAAUGUCUGUAAAGCGUAUGCAUUGUUCGACAGCGAGGUGGGAUAUCCACAGGGUAUGAACUUCAUUAUCAUGCCCCUACUUUUCACCAUGUCCGAGGAGGAGGCUUUCUGUCUGCUUGUCCGACUCAUGAACAAGUAUCAGAUUCGUGAUCUUUUCGUCGCAGACAUGCCUGGCCUGCAUCUUCACCUGUACCAGUUCGAGCGGCUGCUCGAGGACGCGGAACCGGCAUUGUAUUGUCAUUUGAACCGGCGUGGAGUUUCGCCCAAGCUGUAUGCCACGCAGUGGUUUCUCACGCUUUUCGCGUAUCGAUUCCCUCUGCAGCUUGUAAUGCGUGUCUACGACUUACUACUAUGUGAGGGUCUGGAAGGGGCGAUUCUGAAGUUCGGCAUGGCGGUCAUGCAGCGGAACGUGCAGACGUUGCUGAGUAUGAACGAUAUGCAGGCUCUGACAACUUUCCUAAAGGAAAAAGUCUUCGAUGUAUACAUUGACAGGGACCCUUCAUCCAGGUCGAUGCUUGACGCUGGCUUCUUCGGUAACUCUGCAGGCUCCGAUAAUGAGGUGUAUCGGGCAGACCUAAUUGUGCGUGACGCCUCGGCCAUCAAACUCACUCCACAGAUGCUCAACCGCUACCGUGAAGAGUGGGAGGAGCGCACAACCUCCGAGAAGGCUCGAGAGACAGAGCUCGAAAAUUUGCGGACCGACACCGUCACCAAGGCCUCUCAGAUUCGGUCGCUAGAACAACGAGCUGAGAAGUCUGAUGCUGAGCACAUCGAGAUCGCAAAUGAGCUUGUGAAGCUGAAGGUCGAAAACACCGAGCUGAGCGACCGAAACGAGUCGUUGAAUGGACAAGUUGAAGAGCUUAGAAAAGUUGCAGAGAGCGAAGCCAAGAACGUUGAAGAGCGGCUCAGAGAAGGCAUGGAGCAAGUUAUGCAGCGGAAUGUCGAAGUCCAGAAUGAGAAUCGUCAUAUGGAGGAGCAAAUGGCUGAGAUGGAACGGGAGCUGGUGGAGAUGAAGAUGAAGUUCGCUGAGCUCAACGCAGACCACGAAGGGCUGAAGCAAAAGUGGAAUGACCUACGCAAAGCCCUGGACUAG